AUGCAGUCAGUUUAUAUAAUGAACAAUGAGAUUGUGGAGGGACAAUUGUGGUGGCCGGACAAUUCUAGACAAAAGAAGAUCAACAACAUUAAAGCAUUUGGAAUAUCCGUCGAAACAAUUGUUACUGCCUUAGUCACAUAUCUGAAUUACACGGGUCUAACAAUUGUCUGUGGCUUUUUACCUGAUCAUUAUGAGGGUGAAGCCUGGAAAACUGGAGGACCAUGCAGUGGAAAGGUCAGGCCCGCCUUGGAUAGUGAAUUAGUUGAGAAUGAUUUUCCCAAUGUAAUGCACGAGAAGCAGGUGACCAAGUUUAAUCGUGCUAUGAAGAAAAAGAUGAACAAAUCAAAAAUGAAAUCAAUGGAUAUAACAGAAGCAUUUCCAUAUCACCGCGAUGGACAUGCAGGUCCACAUUGA